UGUAGAACUUCCAGUCAUUAUAGCUGUAUGUUUUGGGGCAGCCUCCAGUCCAGAUAGAGCGACAAUUACCGGGCAUUCCACGACAAGGAAGGCGGUGAGGAACACGCCGCAGAAAAAGGUCCCCCCCUUCCUGCCAAGGAGAUCUUCAGCACGGUCGUGCGUCUUCUGUUGGCUCCCAACCGCUCGCCAAAUGGCGGAAUCCGAGCCGUUCGUACGGGUGUGUGGCAGUAGACGUCCUGAAGGGCCAUUCACCCUGAAGGGGGGAGUAGUGCGGAGGAGGGGUCUCUGGAGAACCUAUGACGCAGAGAGCGGAAAGGGCGAAAGAGUCUUGAUGAAGACCAUCUCCUUGACUCAGCCUGUGAGUUUGAGGCUCAGGCAGGCGCUAGCCGAAUACAUGAGGGCCUUCUCCAUGUCUCCGCUACCGCAGCGGACCCCCUCUAUUCCAGGCUUACUGGACAGCUUCUGGGAACUCGGCUCGGACAACAAGUUGCGUCUCUUUCUCAUUAUGAAGGGAGUGGAGGGGAAGUCUCUCCGAGAAAUCGUGGCGGCGGAAGCAUCACCGUUCUCCGAGGAGGAGGUGGUCGACAUGGCCGUGGAAGUGUUGCAGGUUCUGAGCAGACUCGAGCAAUCUCAUCCCCCAGUGAUUCACGGAAAUAUCGAUCCUGGGAACAUCAUUGUGGACGUCGAGAAGGCCAGGCUGGAGGGCACGUGGGUCGGUCACGUGAAGGUGGUUGGUCUCGAGACUCCUCGUGAUUGCCCUGCUUCAGAGCUUGCGGGGGAGUCGUCGGAGCGCCAUUUCCUGGCGCCGGAGCAGUUGGAGAACAGGCCCGUAAGUCAGUCUGAUCUUUAUGGAUUAGGGGCAACCGUUCUGUACCUCUUGUCUGGAAGACCUCCGUCGGCGUUUCCCAGGGAUCAGCUGUGUCUUCAGUUUCGGGAGCAGGUUCCCAUGACUGUGAAGCUGGCGGAUGUGCUGGAUCGGCUGUUGAAGCCUCGGCCCGAAGACAGGUUCACGAAUGCGAGAGAUGUCAUCCUAGCUCUCCGUUGGCAGCGGCCUCCUCGUCACUCAAGUACUCAUUCUGCCACCCCAACUACCCUCGUGGAGCCGAAUCACGUAUCCUCCCAAUUGUCACAUCAGGACGGUACCGCAGUGUCACGUCCUCAGCCAUCUCCAAGGAACGUAAUUCCUGACUGUGGCAAGGUAACGUUGAUAAGCGGCAAUACCUGGGUUGUUGUCGGAGAUCGACCUAAACGAGCAAACGUAGACGUUUCUUCCGAUGGAAAGGAGAUGUUCAUUGACAUCCCUGCGCGUGGACUGCAUUUCGCGUGCGUUUUCGAGCUUCUCCUUAUGUCCCUUUGCCUACUGGGAUUCUUCCCAGGAGGUAUCUUGGCGAUGGUUUCGGUCUCCAUGUUCUACCUCAUGCUUCUGGCACCUUACCUUUGCUGUGUUUGUCUUCUUGCGCGAUGUCGUUGGAGGCGAGUGACGCCGAGUCUGUCGGUGAGAAUUGCUUGGGGGGGGUCUUACAGAGUGUGUUGGAGUAGGCCUGGAGGGAAGUGCAAAAUCAUGAGCGGCGAAAUCAAGAAUGUUCAGGGGGUCGGGGUGGCAGUCGAGGUUGUGACUAAAGACGAAGGGAAGAAACAUGAAAUAAUAAAAGGGUGCGAGGUGGUUGAACUUACAAGGAAAGUUCGUUUUGGAGAGUGGUUCAGUUCAAGGAAGGCAGUAUGGCUAGCAGAUGAGAUGAGCAAAUUCAUCGAAGGCCACAAGCAGCAGGACGCGGAUGCAGCAGGUGAAGCGAUGGCGUAGCUACGAGGUGAUUUGACUGAUUGCAGACCUUUCUUAUUCUUUUUCUUUUUCUUUUCUUUUUUUAUUUUUUUUUCUUUUCUUUAUUUUUUUUUAAAGGCCCAUGGGCAAGGUCGCGAUCCCGGUGGUCGUAAGAGAACCACCGAGAUUGAUUGUAGUCCUUAUUAAGCAGCACGAGGUUUCGUUUUGGUUUUUACGAUGUCUCCAUUUAUACAGGUCAUCCUUGCGCAGAGAUCAUGCAAAUUACUACUCGUUCCUUUCUUUUUUUUUGGGGUGGGUGGGGGGUUGGGGGGUCGGGUGGGGUCAAGUGGAAUGGGUUCGGGGGGGGAAAAGGGAGGGAACAUCGUUCGGAUUUGAUCAGAUAUCACGAAGAACCAGUGAGACGUUUUCCUUUUUCCAGAGCCCAAUCCCACGUGCUGAAAUUCUUCAUUUACGACGGUCUAUCACGGCAAUCUAGGGUCAGAAAUGAAUGAUCCACGUAAGU